CUCCGUGCAGCAGGACCAACACGCUGCUCUGCUGAGGAGUCAUGUGGACCCGACAUGUUCCCAGGACGACAUUUACCCCUGGAAGGCAGGGAGGAACACAGAGACCCCACUGAUGGUUGUGUGUCUUUAAAGGAAAUCCUCCCAGUGAGCAGAGGAAACUCCCCCCCCACCCACCUCAUUAGCGCCCAGCCACUGGCUGCUGCUCCGGUGGAGGCCACGCAGCCAGCAGCAGGAUUCAGGACGCCUCAUCGCCACGUACAGAGGCCCACAUGCCCACGAUGUGGACUCACGGUGCCCGGCGACGGACUGGACCACACCUCAAAGGGUUGGAGUCCGCCGCAGAGCUCAGGGUCGCCAGAGCACCACGCCGGCGGGGCCGGCGGGGCCGGCGGGGCCGGUGGGGCCGGGGGCAACCACAUCAAGAGCAGCAAGAGGAGCAAAGGCGGCGUGCCUGGAUCUCCUCACAGCGCUGAUGCACCUGCUGACGGGUGUUUCCACCUGCUGCUGGCGUGCCUGUGGUGCCAGGGCUCAGCGCUGCUGCUGGGGCUGCUGGGGGCCUGCUCCUCCUGCCUGCAGGGCGUCUGCUCGUCCUGCUGCCGCGCCUGCGGCCGCUGCUGCGCCGCCGCCCAGGAGGCGCCGGUGGAGGAGCUGGGCUGCCACGCCCACUGCCACUCCGUCCUGUUCCAGUCCUGCGGCGAGCCGUGCUGCGAGUCGGCCGAGUGCCUGGAGUUCUGCCUGGAGUGCUGCCAGAUCUGCCAUCGCAGCUAG